AUGCUUCUAUUUAACUACAUUGCUGCCAUCUUGGUGGCUUUCGUCACUAUUCAUGUCUCCGGAUCGAUGGCGAUGAGCCAGCCUGAAGUCGACACUACUGUCGCUACCGUCACGGCAAGCCAGGCCGCUCCCACUUUCGAUCUCGUCGUCAUGUUUAAGCAGGACUCUGCGGUUGGCGAGUUCGGAGUAUUCAAUGCUUUUUUCGAACUCCCAGCUACCGCUACUUCGACCAUCAACGUUCCCGUGCCCACUAAGCCGCCCGUCUCUAAUGACUCGAACUAUCAGGAUCCUCGCAACGUCCCGGUUCCUCCCCGGCGACACCCUAACCCGUUCACCGAACAGCUAGGCAAUGGUCAUCCGUCCAUGAUGGAAGACAUGAUCGCGCAGUACAACCGACAGAAUCCUGCUAACCAGAUCCCACCCUACGUGUUUUGUACAUCUCUUCACGGCCGCACUCGCGUGUACACACGCCGUGAGAUUUGGCUAGCAAUCCAAGCUGGAGUUAACGAUAUGGGCUUCGAUGUGCGAACUAAUGACAGAUCGCUUGGUGCGGCUUGGCCGCGCCGCUUGGGUUUCCAAAGGCCCGUCAACGUCGGCGAUGUUGCCGGAAGAGUGAUGGAGUACCCUCUUGGUGCUGAUGAGUAUGAGUUGCCUUUGACCCAACCUGCCGACGAAGCCACGCUCAUGAUGGACCGCGUAACCUUCCUCCACGACGGCACCUACACCGGCGUAAUCCGGUACACCAACGCGACCCAGUGGCACAACUGCUAUCCCCAUGGCUGGCACACCUUCCAACGCGGCCGAAACGCCACUCGCACCCUCGUUCAGCGGGGCAUGGGCGCUAUCCGAGGCGCCUGGGAUCACUGGCUCGGUUAUCAGCAUGGCGGUUACGAGCGCUUGGAUGACGAGCGGAACGAGCGGCAGCAGCAGCAGCAGCAGCAGCAGCAUGGCCGGAACGUGCAGAAUAGAGAUCCUAAUUGCCCUCCUGGAUGGAUCUAG